AUCCAAUUAACAAACCAGCGCGGCUCGCACCUUUCCGCUAUUGUCGGGUGAGUUCAAAAGGCAGAUUAGUGAUUUUACGGAAGCGGAAGAAUUAGCACAUGACAUUGAGUUAACUCACCCGAAAGUCAAAGGUCUCACAAACAUUACUCUUGUGUUCCUUCCACCAAACACAACUUCUAAAACGCAGCCAAUGGACCAAGGUGUCAUCAAUAAGCUGAAGGUCCACUACAGGAAUGCAGCUCUUGACCGUUACAUAGAAGCCAUCAACGACAGUAAACAAUGUGUAAUCACAGUGCUUGAUGCCAUGCGUAUGUUACGACAUGCUUGGCAGAAAGUAAAGCCAGUAACAAUCUCCAACUGCUACCGCCACGCUGGAUUCGUUCUGACAGAAGCCGCAUCUCCCGACGCCCCAUGUGAAUCUGACGAUGAAGAUGACAUCCCCCUAGCCAGAUUACUUCCAGGUGAUGUGACUUUGGCCGACUAUGUAAGUGUCGAUGACAACAUUGAAACAUGUGCCCCUUCAUCUGAUGCCGACAUCAUCGAGUCAUUGCUUGGUCCCAGGACCUGUCACAACGACGACUCGUCUGAUGAUGAAGACGAGACACACCCUGCCGUCAAACCACCACCAUCCGUAUCGGAAGCGAUAAAGUUCUGUGAAGGACUGGAGGAAUUUCUCGAGUCGGUUCCAGGCACAAACAACGAACAUUUUUCCCACUUGGCAAGCGUCCGUGAAUUUGUGGAUAAAUGUAAGGGAAAUUCACAGAAACAAACGUUAAUGUCAGACUUUUUUCAGAAGUGAGUUCAUCUU